AUGUCAACCUCCGUCCCUCUCUGUGUUGGGUUGCUCUGCACUCCUUCUUGCAUGGUGCACAUCGACCAUCUCUCUUACCCCCACAUCAUUGACUCGAUAUGGGCAAGCUUCAGCCUCCGUGAUCUUUCCAUUGCCCGCCGUGUCUGCCAAUCGUGGCGUUCACGGGCGGACGCUAUUCUCGCCAAACUUGUCCGACAUCUAUCGCUAGAUUUCCGCCAUGGCGCGAGCCUCGGGCAGCCCGAUCGAGUGGGUCUCAGCGUGCGCGAUACACACGACACCCCAGGAAUGCGCGCUUUGAUCUCAGUGCUCUAUUUCACUGAUGGCACUGCUUCUGGUAUCAGAAAGCUGCAGCCUCUGAACGAGCCAUGGCAUUCGCUCUUCGCCGCAGGCCAGGUGGAGGUAGUUGACCUCAUCGGGUUUCCGGACUUUCGACCGUCGUAUCUCCCGGAGCUCUUUGGGGCCGAGUCCGAUGUUGGCGCCGGCGGUGACUGGGAACCAUCCGCCAAGCCUGUCGUCCGCUGGUACAACACGUAUCCGAGUUGUCAAGAGGCGAUAGCGUAUACGCCUCUUGGUCCUGAUACACCAGUGUACUUCCUUGACCUCCGCCCAGGGCUACCGCUUCCUACCAUUCAUGUUCCGAACGAGCGACAGCCACGGAAUCUCAUUGUCAGCAUCGAUUGCUACACCGAUCCCACCACUCCUAUCCUUAACAAAGGACCCGCUUUCGACGUGGCUCCGCCCAUGGUGACCGACGACGGAGAGAUGCAACAGAAUCUCUCGACAGUCACAGUGAUUCUGAACGACAAGCGUAGCCGUGGAGACCGCAUUGAACAAGGAGGGACCGUCGACCAUGGCUUGCUGUUCAACUAUGUGCAGAUGCUGUAUGGCCUGCGUGACAUGCUUUGUGUCGUCGGCCUUGAUGCCUUCCUCGACGAGGAUGCGCUGCAAAGGUAUCGAAACAACCUCGGCAAAGAGCUGCUCGACUGCUAUCGCAAAGCAACCGGCACUAGUCCGUACGACGAUGUUGACCCGGACAACCCCCCGGCUGAGCUGAACCUCAUGACCCUCGAGGAGUUCAAGGAAUGGAGGGCUAUCGGCAGGGAGAAGUACGAGAAGUAUAACGUCCGCUGA